AUGGCGUUUUCAAAUUUCGUGCUUACCGUAGUAGGAAUCGGCGCGGCGGUCCUGUUGCUCAAAGGAGACGUCAAGAGGACGGCGACGACGCUAAGACGGAACGUCAGGCAGAUGAGAGUGUGGUUGGAGGAGGAAGAAGUGGCCGUUAAGAAGUCGCUAAACGACACGCCGAAGCAGAUCGAGCGGGAGGCAAAGGAGCCGGUUACCGGCAAGACUGACGGGAAGGCCGAUCGGAGCUAG